CAAGGGGUGGGCGACUGGGCGUGUGUUGUGCAAUUGCAACGUUGGUGUGCUGUGCAACGCUGGUGGCUGAAGUUGGAGAAAUGUUCGCUGAGUGGUUCUCGCGACAACUGGCCAAACCUACCCACAGCUUGUUGGGAUGGGUGGCGAAAAAGUUAUUUGAGAGGAAUAACAGAUUCCUGGAGGAGAGUGCCGUGAAACUGUGCGACAUACAGCCCGGGAAUGUGGUUCUGGAGCUGGGCUUCGGUCCGGGCCUGGGGUUGCAGGAAGCUGCCCGGCGCCUAACACAGCCCGGGGGGAAACUGUACGGGCUGGAUAUCUCGGAGUACAUGUAUAAUACCGCCAGCGAGCGGCUGCAGGCGGACAUCCAGUCGGGGAAGGUGACUCUGUUUCUGGGCAGCGUGGAGCAGAUCCCUUUGGCGGACAAUGCGGUGGACAAGGUUUAUCACUGCAACUGUUACUACUUCUGGCCUGACCUGCGAGCUGGGAGCAGAGAGAUCCACAGGGUGAUGAAACCAGGAGCUCUCAUGGUCACCACCUUGCACCUGGAGGCCCUGCAAAGGGUGGUUGCUUCUGGAGUGUUGAAGGAUACAAACUGGCAGCCUGAAUUGUACAUGGAGGCUCUCAGUGAGACGGGAUUUGUUGACGUGCGCAUGGAAGAGCAGCAAGACAAUGAAAGAUCCUUCAAAGCCGUCUUUGCCACAGCAAACAAGGCCUGAGAUUGCUAUUAUCAAAGCCAUUAUUAUCAUUAAUAGCUUAAUACUAAAUGGAGCGUUGAUCCUUUAGCUAUGGAUAAGUAUUGUGGAGCACAAUGACCUACAAUUGUCCCAGAUAGUUCAGAAACCAGUUGAAUUAUUUCAAUUCACACAGUUUUGUUAAACUCUGCUUUGUUUUGAACAUUGCUGCCCUUUUAGCCUCAGGUCCGCCUGGAUGCAUGGUCUUUGGAGCAGAUGUAAGAUCGGCCUUCCCGAGAGUGAAUCUGCUGAAAGCUGUUGGACUGGAUGGAGUGCCCAGCCAUGUUCUCGGGACCAGGGAGGUCAAGCAGGCAGAGUUAUUCACAGACAUCUUUAACCUUUCACUACUUAGUUCUGAGGUCCUAACCUGCCGCAACAAGGCUACUAUCAUCUCGGUGCCAAAGAAAAGAGGGUUAACAUGCCUUAAUGACUACCAUCUAGUGUCUCUGGCCUCCGCCAUCAUGAAGUGCUUCGAGAGUCUGGUGUUGAUGCACAUUAACCCCAGCCUCACUGACAGCCUUCAUCCACUACAGUUUAACUACUUUUGCCACAGGUUUAAGGCUGACGCCAUCUCACUGGCCCUACACUCAUCUCAGGAACAGCGAGAUAACAAGGAUACCCACGCCAGACUUGUUUAUUGACAAUAGCCCUGCCUGCAACACCUUAAUCCCAUCCAAACUCAUCGGUAAACCCCUGGACCUAGAAGUAAGCACCCCUUCUGCCAAUAGAUGCUAAACUUUCCGAUGCAUAGACCGCAGUCAGUGAGGAUAGGUGACUAUGCAUCCUCCAUAAUAAUACUCAACAAUGUUGCCUCAAAAGGAUGCACAAUCAGACUCCCACUAUACUUCCUAUAACCCACAAGCGUGUGGCCUGAUUUAGCUGCAAAUCCACCCAUAUUUGCAGAUGAUACCACUGGAUGGGCCAGUUCUCGAACAAUGAUGAGUACAUGAAGGAGAUAGAGAGUUUAGUGACAAAGUAUCAGGACAGUAAAUUCUCCCUCAAUGUCAGCAAGAUGAAGGGUUAGUUUUCAACUUCAGGAAGUGCGGUGAAGUACAUGUCCCUAUCAGCAUCAACGGUGCCGAAGUGGAAAUGGUUGAGAGCUUCAAGUUCCUAGGUGUAAAUAUUACCAACAAACUGCCCUGGACCAACCACAUUGAAGCUACAGCCAAAAAGCACACUAAUAACCAUAUAACCAUAUAACAAUUGCAGCACGGAAAACAGGCCAUCUCGGCCCUUCAAGUCCGUGCCGAACACUUAUUUUCCCCUAGUCCCAUCUACAUGCACUCAGACCAUAACCCUCCAUUCCUUUCCUGUCCAUAUACCUAUCCAAUUUAUUUUUAAAUGAUAAAAUAGAACCUGCCUCCACCACUUCCACAGGAAGUUCAUUCCACACAGCUACCACUCUCUGAGUAAAGAAGAUCCCCCUCAUGUUACCCCUAAGCUUCUGUUCCUUAAUUCUCAAGUCAUGUCCUCUUGUUUGAAUCGUCCCUUCUCUCAAUGGGAAAAGCUUAUCCACGUCAACUCUGUCUAUCCCUCUCAUCAUUUUAAAUACCUCUAUCAAGUCCCCCCUUAACCUUCUGCGCUCCAAAGAAUAAAGACCUAAUUUGUUCAACCUUUCUCUGUAACUUAGUUGCUAAAACCCAGGCAACAUUCUAGUAAAUCUAAUGCCUCAUUUGCCUCGGAAAUGUGGCGUGUCUCCAAUGGGUCUUACCAACUUGUACAUGAGCACAGUCGAAAGCAUACUGUCAAGCUACAUCACAGCUUGGGUUGGCUUGUAACCCAGUCCAUCACACAGACCAGACCUUGCUCCAUUGACUAUCUACACUUCACACUGCCUCGGGAAAGUCGCUAACAAUAUCAAGGAACUUUGGUCAUUCCUUCUUCUCACCGAAGCUGUCGGGAAGAAGGUAGAAAGGCAAGAAAACACAAACCAGAAAUAGUAUUUUUCCUUUUGUUAUCAGACGUCUGAAUGGUCCUUCCAUAAGCCAGCUACAAUUUUCCAGCCUACCUCAUCGCGGACAUUGGAAUUCUUCCCUCGAACUGUUAUGCUACAAUGCUGAGAAACUAUAUUUAUACUGCACUCUUGUUGUUUUUCUCAUCAACUGUUGUAUGUGUAUGGUUUGAUUGUAUUAUCUGAUUUGAUUCAAUGGCAUGCAAACAAAAGCUUUUCACUGUAUCAUUGAACACGUGACAAUAAUAAACCAAUACCAAUACACA